GUUUGGACAGCAGCCCAGGUGAGCUGCCACGGGACCUCUCCUCGGGCUCCCUCUCAUUCCAGCAAGGAUCCAGGGCGGCGGGAGACUGCUUGGGGCCAGCGAGGAGCCCAAGAUGUUUCUGAAGGCUUUGGUCCUGAGCCUGGCCCUGGUGGCUGUCACCAGUGCACGGGCUGAGGUCAGUGCUGACCAGGUAGCCACUGUGGUGUGGAACUACUUCAACCAGCUGAGCGACAAUGCUAAGGAGGCUGUGGAACAUCUCCAGAAGUCUGAACUCACCCAGCAACUCAACGCCCUCUUCCAGGACAAACUUGAGGACGUGGGCACCUACGCGAGUGACCUGCAGAAGAAGGUGGUGCCCUUCGCCACGAAGCUGCACGAAACCCUGGCCAAGAGCUCUGAGAAGCUGAAGGAGGAGAUUCAGAAGGAGCUGGAGGAGCUGCGGGAGCGCCUGCUGCCUCACGCCAACCAGGUGAGCCAGAAGAUCGACGACCACGUGCGCGCGCUGCAGCAGCGCGUGGGGUCCCACACGGAGGAGCUGCGCACCCAGGUGGACGCGCGCACCGAGGAGCUGCGGCGCCAGCUGACCCAAUACGCGGAGACCGUGGAGACCGUGCUGCGCCAGAACGUGCAAAACCUGCAGGGCUCGCUGACGCCCUUGGCCGAGGACUUCAAGACCAAGAUCGAACAGAAGGUGGAGGAGCUCAAGGGAAACCUCAACCCGUAUGCCGACAACCUCAAGGAAAAGAUCGAUCAGACCGUGGAGGAGCUGCAACGCAGCCUGCAGCCUUACGCACAGGACGUCCAGGAGAAGCUCAACCACCAGCUCCAGGGGCUGGCCUUCCAGAUGAAGAAGAAUGCGGAGGAGCUGAAGGUCAAGAUCUCCGGCAACGCCGAGGAACUGCGGCAGAAGCUGGUGCCAGUGGCGGAGGAGGUGCACAGCAAGCUGAGGGGCAACGCGGAGGGGCUGCAGAAGUCGCUGGUCGAGCUGAGCAGCCAUCUGGACCAGCAGGUCGGGGAGUUGCGCCGCAAGCUGGAGCCCUACGGGGAGACCUUCAACAAGGCUUUGGUGCAGCAGAUGGAGGAGCUCAAGCAGAAGUUGGGCCCCCAUGCGGGGGACGUGGAAGGCCACUUGAGCUUCCUGGAGAAGGACCUGAGGGAGAAGGUCAACUCCUUCUUCAGCAUCCUCAAGGAGAAAGAGAGCCAGGACAAGCCCCUCGCCCUCCCGGAGGCAGAGCAGGCACCGCUCCCCCUGGAGCCGGAGCAGGCGCCACUGGAGAGCUGAGCUGCCCCUGCUGCUCUCUCCUCGCUAUGGCUAACACCUGCCCUGCUCUGCCACCUGUCUGUCUGUCUACCCCAAAGCAGGCCUUGUAUGAGCUCAAGGACACAUGUCCAGUGGAAAGUGACCCCCCCUCCUGCUGUUCAAUAAAGCUGCUGAGAAAUUA